CUUCGGCUGGUUCUGGCGAGGAACCGAACGAUCAGCGGACGAUGACACGGCGACAGAAGGCUUCAUCUCGCGCCCGCAGAUCAGCAUCAAGUAAAGUACCCGUCUUUCUGAGACGUGCCGCGCGGAUCAGCCUGUCACAAGCGUCAUGAAACGUCUCCACGGUACACGCAAGCUUCGCUUCGACGUUGAUACUAACGGCCCCGGCUAACCUGACAUGCCGCUAUGCUCAAUGCUCGGGAAGGAGACGCGUUCUAGAAAAUAUGUUCAGAGCAUUGCGAGCAGGCAUCAUGGGCCGAGUAUGCUCAGGAGUGAAAUCUGAAGUGCCUACUGUUUUCAAGAUCCCUAUCUGCCCUUUUCGUUGGAGUGUUGCUCGUUCUCUGCCCGUUUGAGCCGCGAUGCUGUGGUUUCAACCUCUGUCGAGCUUAUGUGCCACUCUUUUCGUUCUUCUAGACCUGGCGGCUGCUGAUCUAGACAACACUACAUCCCCAACAUCAAUUUUCCGAUCGCGACCGGAUCUUCAUGCUCCCAUUAUCAACUUCGACAUUCUCAGACCGGAGCUUUUGGCCCCAGGAUACCUCUUCCUUGCUCCGUACCGGAAUACAGACCCCGGACCGUACAUCUACGACAACAAUGGACAGCUUGUAUGGUCUAGCGCGGGUACACUGGGCGGCUCAACGUCCCAUAAUCCGCAUGUCUGCGAAUACCAGGGCGCAGACCACAUUUGCUUCUUUCAAGGGAAUCAGCACCAUGGGUGGGCACGCGGACAUGGGGUCAUCAUGAACAACAACUACCGCGUUGUACGGACUGUGGAAGCUGUCGGCGCUGCAACCCAGAUGGACAUGCAUGAGUUUCGUCUGAUUGAUGGCGGAAAACGAGCGUUGGUUACAAUUUACCAACCUCGACAGUACGAUCUAGGCGCAUUUGGUGUCGGUCCCGGCAUCGGCUGGAUCCACGACAGCUUGUUCCAGGAGAUUGAUGUCGAGACUGGAGAACUGCUCUUCGAGUGGCGCGCCCUGGACCACAUCGCCCCCAGCUUCUCCUAUACAUGCAUUGACUGCACCGACACGAGCGGGAAUGGGUUGACAAGAGACACGCCGUGGGACUUCUUCCACAUCAACUCGAUUGACAAGAAUGCCGAGGGCGACUAUCUCAUUUCUGCUCGACACGUGGGUGCGGUCUACAAGAUCUCUGGCGUGACUGGCCAGGUAAUCUGGCAACUCAAUGGUGCAAAUCCCACUUUCAAAAACGUCAAUCUGCAUUUCUCGAGCCAGCACCAUGCGCUCUUCUUCAAAGAGAAUGCGACACAUACAUUGAUUAGCUUGUUCGACAAUGCAAGCAACACUUUUAACAUCACGAACCGAGAGUCGCGCGGCAUGCUCAUUGGUAUCAACCACGUGCAGCGUACUGCCAGCAAACUUCACGAAUGGCGAGCGCCAGAAGAAAGAGGCAUUCUAUCUGGCUCGCAAGGUAACAUGCAAAUCUUGCCUGAGAAGAAUUUCUUUAUUGGUUGGGGCGAUCAUGCGUACUUCUCCGAGCAUCUGCCCAGCGGGGAAGCUGUUAUGUACGGAAAGGUUGCUCAACGUGCAAGCGACGUCAUGAUGUACCGCUGCAACAAGUACGUCUGGAAAGGAGAGCCUCUGACUUCGCCGAGUCUAUGGACUUACUCUCGCACCGACUCUUCCAACCUAGUCUUCUACGUCAGUUGGAACGGUGCAACAGAAGUGCGUUACUGGAACUUUUUCACGGCUGACUCGUCAAACGGACCAUGGAAGCUUGCUGGUACAGCCAACAAGACUGGCUUCGAGACGGAAUACACUCUGUCAAGUUCGAAAGGUUGGGCAUACGCUGAGGCGUUGGACGCCGACCACAAGCCGCUGAAAAGAGGACGAUCGAGCAUCGUCAAGACCUUCGUGCCUUCGGAUCUGAUCGUACUCGGUUGUGAUGACCGUGGAUGCGACGAUAUCAAGCCCCUCCAAGAAGGCGAGGAGUUCAACAAGACGAUGCCGGAGGUCGGUGAUCGUGGCGAGAACUACACAACCAAUCUGGGUGUCAACACGGUCAACUACUACCCGAUUCUGAAGUACACUGCCCACGGGUGGUCGCUGUCGGCUUUGACAAUCCCAGCGGUUCUAAUCCUCCUUGUCGCUGGUGGUGUGUCUUUCAUACUGGGGAAGAGGAGGCUGGCUAGACUCGGUGCUGCGGGACAUGACCGCUUCGUUUCGUUUGUUCCAGGAUUUCUAGGUGGAAGAGGCAUGCGAUCUGAUGCAAAUUAUCACAAGCUGGAGACGACAGACAGCAUGUGAGGGAAGCGAUCGGCGUGUAUUUACGGGCCUUUUCUUGAGCCGAUCUGUAACAAAGCUAUAAUUGAUACCCUUUAUGACACAAGA